CGGCGGCGGGAGGAGGAGGUGGAGGUACUGCUGGUUGCCGCUGUUGCCUCCGCGGCUGGGCGCCUGGGCUGAGCCCGGGUUUCUGCGGCCACCAUGGACGAGCAGGCGGGUCCCGGCGUUUUCUUCAGCAACAACCAUCCGGGCGCCGGCGGUGCUAAGGGGCUCGGGCCUCUGGCGGAGGCUGCCGCGGCCGGCGACGGGGCGACGGCGGCGGGGGCGGCCCGAGCCCAGUACAGCCUCCCCGGGAUCCUGCACUUCCUGCAGCACGAGUGGGCCCGCUUCGAGGUGGAGCGAGCCCAGUGGGAGGUGGAGCGGGCGGAGCUGCAGGCUCAGAUUGCUUUCCUUCAAGGAGAAAGAAAAGGUCAAGAAAAUUUGAAGAAGGAUCUUGUCAGGAGGAUCAAAAUGUUGGAAUAUGCUCUUAAACAAGAAAGAGCCAAAUACCACAAGUUGAAAUAUGGGACAGAAUUGAAUCAGGGAGAUAUGAAGCCUCCAAGCUAUGAUUCUGAUGAAGGUAAUGAAACUGAAUUGCAGCCACAACCAAACAGUCAGUUAAUGUGGAAACAAGGACGACAACUACUUAGACAGUAUCUCCAGGAGGUGGGAUACACAGAUACUAUUCUAGAUGUGAAAUCUAAACGAGUGCGAGCUUUGUUGGGCUUUUCAAGUGAUGUCACUGACAGAGAAGAUGACAAAAAUCCGGACUCAGUUAUAAAUGGCACAGAAGCUGAAGGUAAAGAGACAGCAAUGAUUGGAAAAUCCGAGUUAACAGAUUCUGCCUCCGUGCUGGAUAAUUUCAAAUUCCUUGAAAAUGCAGCUGCAGAUUUCAGUGAUGAAGAUGAAGAUGAUGAUGAGGGAAGAGAUAAAAGUGUCAUUGAUACUUCAACGAUUGUUAGGAAAAAAGCAUUGCCUGAUACCAGUGAAGAUCGAGAUACAAAAGAAGCUCUAAAGGAGUUUGACUUCUUGGUUACAUCAGAGGAAGGAGACAAUGAAUCUAGAAGUGCAGGUGAUGGAACAGACUGGGAAAAGGAAGACCAAUGUCUCAUGCCUGAAGCCUGGAAUGUGGACCAGGGAGUAAUUACCAAACUCAAGGAACAAUACAAAAAGGAGAGAAAGGGGAAAAAAGGGGUGAAGAGAAAAACUACCGAAGAUCUGUUUCAGCCUCUAUCCUAUAUAAAACAGUCAAAACAGGGAUGUGGGAGAAUGAAGAAUCAAAGCUCAGGACCCAAUAGGUCAAAACUACAAGAUAUGCUUGCUAAUUUGAGAGAUGUUGAUGAACUUCCUUCAUUGCAGCCGUCUGUGGGUUCACCUUCCAGACCCAGCAGCUCCAGGCUACCUGAACAUGAAAUCAGUAGGGCAGAUGAAGUUGAAGCACUGACAUUUCCUCCUUCUUCUGGGAAGUCUUUCAUUAUGGGAGCAGAUGAAGCCCUUGAAAGUGAACUAGGACUUGGAGAAUUAGCAGGCCUUACAGUGGCCAAUGAAGCAGACUCACUAGCUUACGAUAUAGCAAACAAUAAAGAUGCACUGAGGAAGACUUGGAACCCUAAGUUUACAUUAAGAAGUCAUUUUGAUGGCAUCCGAGCCCUUGCUUUCCACCCCAUUGAGCCUGUUUUGAUAACAGCAUCAGAGGAUCAUACACUGAAAAUGUGGAAUUUGCAGAAAACAGCUCCAGCCAAAAAGAGUACUUCUCUUGAUGUAGAGCCUAUCUAUACCUUCAGGGCUCACAAAGGCCCAGUGCUUUGUGUGGUAAUGAGCAGCAAUGGUGAGCAAUGCUACAGUGGUGGUACUGACGGACUGAUCCAGAGCUGGAAUACCACUAAUCCUAACAUUGAUCCCUAUGAUUCCUACGACCCUUCUGUAUUGCGAGGCCCUCUGCUAGGUCACACGGAUGCAGUCUGGGGUCUGGCGUACAGUGCGGCACAUCAGCGUUUGUUGUCCUGCUCAGCAGAUGGCACUCUUCGUUUAUGGAACACAAUGGAGGUUGCUCCAGCUCUAAGUGUAUUUAGUGAUAAUCAAGAAUUGGGAAUCCCUGCCUCUGUGGAUCUUGUGAGCAGUGAUCCGAGCCAUAUGGUUGCAUCAUUCAGCAAAGGAUAUACAAGCAUCUUUAACAUGGAAACACAACAACGAAUUCUCACUUUAGAAUCCAAUGUAGAUUCAACAUCCAGCUCUUCCUGCCAAAUAAACAGAGUCAUCAGUCAUCCCACUCUUCCUAUCAGCAUCACUGCUCAUGAAGACAGGCACAUCAAAUUCUUUGAUAACAAUACAGGCAAACUGAUCCACUCAAUGGUAGCCCACCUAGAAGCUGUCACAAGUUUAGCAGUUGAUCCUAAUGGCCUGUACUUGAUGUCUGGCAGUCAUGACUGUUCAAUACGUUUAUGGAAUCUUGAAAGUAAGACAUGUAUCCAAGAAUUCACAGCUCACCGGAAAAAAUUUGAAGAAUCAAUUCAUGAUGUAGCUUUCCACCCUUCGAAAUGCUAUAUAGCCAGUGCUGGAGCCGAUGCACUGGCUAAAGUCUUUGUAUGACAAAAUGCUUCAUCUUCACUUCUAGCUCUUUAUAAAUAAUCAACUGCACAAAAGAGAUAUGGAAGACCAGGGCAAGAAUCUACUCAUGCUGCCCAUUUGUUCUGCUGAAGGAGCACAGAGAACAUUUGUUAAAGUAUAGUUUUGCAAUUCAUAAUACUGUUUGCUAAAGUUAAGGUUUGUUUAGGUUGCUGCAAGCUCAGCUGAAUUUGUAAGCCUGAAAACAGUUUCAGAUUCUCCCCCCAAAAAGGCGCUGUAUUUCUCAAAUUGUCUUAAUUCACUAGGCAAGCCUGAGCGAACACAGGUGUAGCCUGUCUUAUCCCUCUUUGAUAAACAAGACGUGAUAUAGUAGUUAAUUAAAAGCUGAAUGGCUGGGAAUGAGUAGAGGAUGAGUAAAAAGUUAUAUUUAAUUCCCCCUUGUGAAAUCCUGUAUUAGGUAGUCAAACUGUCACCUUUACUAUAUCUGCUGUACUAAUCCCAUUGUGUACAAUGACCAGACAGUGUUGAAAUGAGUUUUUAAUUUAGCUUUCCUUGCAGCUAUUUGCAUAAAGCAUGUACAAGGCAUUUUACCUUUUAUGAGGAAAAGAUGCUAAAUGUAUUAUUCAGCCAUGCUAAACAAAUACUUAGUUUGCAAGCAGAUUUCUGUGUUGUAUUAUAGUUUUGACAAUAUACUUGGUACCCUAAAAUUCAACUGCCAGGCAUCACCAUUAUGAAGAAUAGUUAAUGAAUCUGCCUUUACUACAGGAUUUAACUUACUUGGAUUUGAAAUUCUGUUCUAAGGGCAAACAAGGAAUAUCUCUAAUAAUUCUAGUUUUAAAAAAUUCUUAUUUACAUGACAGUUAUAACACCAGAAUUAUUAUUUCAUACUGAUGAAAAUUAAGUGACUGGAGAAAAGGAAAUUAUUUACUAGUACUCAUUUGUCAAAACCCACAUACCCAUGCUUCAGAUGAUCUCUGCUCUUUGUUUUACAUUUGUGUUAUCUUGACAGCUACAAAAAGAAUUUGUAAUUGUUUUGUGUUUUAAUAGUCCAGAGAGUAUGGCUCAGGCAAUUUUUUUUUUAAAGCAGAACUAACUAAAACAAAUGUUUGGUACUUUAGAAGCUCACUAUUAGUAUUUCUAAGAUUAACCUCCUGGAAAUCUAGAUGGAUGAGUUUUAUGCCUUAUCAUUGGCAAAAAGAUCUCUCCUUCACCUUUCCCUAUUGUUCAGUUGGAAUAUGUGUUUGAAUGGGCAGUGAAUCAGUUUUGUUUUUAGAGAAGACCAUGUGUUGAAAGGCCAGGUUUUACUUUAUUUGGUAUCCACAUGUAGUCAGCUUCAGGGAUUCUCAUGAUUCUGCUGUCUAGAACUACAAUUAUCAUGACCCCUCUUUAUGUUCUUCCCUUCAAAUACAAAAGAUCAAUAUAAGCAUUAAAAUAUUAAUGUACAACUUUUGCCAAAAUGUAUAUACCAUAGGCUUCCAGUCUUUUAAGAGCUUAUAACCAUAAAUAUUUUAACUCCUUAAAUAAGUCCUACAUUUCUAUCCCCAUAUAUUCCAUUGUCAUAGCAAUGAUACUUCCAAUACUAAGUACUUCUUUGAAGUGUAGUGUUCUCCUGAUUUUGCAGAUAUUAAUUGAUAAUACAUUUUUUUCAAUUUCUGCUGUCUGCCUCUAGAAUUCUAUAGUACAAGGAUAUCUUUUUUUUUUUUGCUAAAGCUGUAAGAUCUGUGCUAAACUUAUGCAUAUGUAAUGGAAACAUGCUCUAGUAUUUUGACACACUGCUUUUUAAACUGUGCUUCGGUUAACAAGCUGGCGUAAGGAACUUCUUUGUGUAGUCAAGUGAAUUCACCUAAGCAUAAGUUACCAGGUGACUGUUUAUGUUUAUAUGCAGAUAUACAAUCUCACAUUUAAUUUGUAAAUUCCUUUCAGUUCUUCACAAAGUAAACAAAGUGAAUUGCUAACCUAACAUUUGUAGAGCACUGGUAAAUUCCAGUCAGAUACCCUUACAUGGUAUAUUUACGAAGAAUAACCACAAAGCUAUUAUUCUACUGCUUGUUGCUUUAAUUUCCUUCCAAGGUCUUCAUUGCUUGCGUAUGUCAUUGAAAUUCUGAAAACCCUCAUAUUUUAUUCUUUUCUCAUUUCAUGCCUCUUGUGCAGACUGUAGUGCAAGUGAUGUAAUGUUGAAGGUUUCUUAGGAAGCCAAUACUAUGCCAUUGGAGACUAUAGAGAAAGAUUUUUCUACAUUAACACUGUAUCAUCUCAGCCUAGAAAUGAGCCAGAGCUGUCUUCCAACUAGGUGAUAGCAUAUACAGGAGUCUUAACUUUUCCCCUGAACCUCUGGAAAUUUAUAAAAUGAGCAAAUUCAAGAUGCAGUCAUUGCAGUUUUUUCACAAUGCUUGACUUAUAAAUAGUUUGGAGGAAAUGUAUUGGAAUAAUAUGAAAAUCAGCAGGUGGUAUGGGUCCCUGCCUUACUUUCAAUGCUAUGGAUAUAUCUCUUGGAGCUUGCAGUACCCUUUUCAAAACUCAGCUGUCAUAUGGAUCUCAUUUGCUACUCACAUGUAGACAAAUAUUUAACAUAAUUAAUAUAAUGACCUUCAGUAUUUUUCUAUUGAACAAGUUUAGCAAUUUUUGCCAUUAAGUAAAUAGUAUGCAAAGUAUUUAGCUUUUAUAAUCAUUUUAGUUAUGACUAAAAGGGGGAAAUUGAGCUGUAACACUGAUAAUGAACUUUGUGAGAAAUUUUUGUUAUCUGACUUUCAUUCCUUCAGUAUUCUUGCUAUAAAUUUUUUUUGGAGAUGAUGAAGAUUUAUUUGAAAAUGUCUAAAAUGUAUGUAUAUUUUAUAAAUAUAUAUUAUAUAUAUUAGAGGAAUAUAUAUAAUAUAUAUAGACUAUAUAUAUAUAUCUAAACCAUAGGUGCAUUUUACUGUUUUGUAUUUUCAUUUUGGAGAUAGUGUACACAGCAGAUAAUGAUGAGUAUGACAAGUGUUGUGCUGUUUGCUUUUGCAGUAUAAUAUAUAGUUCUAAAUGUUUAAAUUACUGUAUAUACUAUAUUCAUUAUAGGCUAGCAUGCUUGUUUUAAAGAUUGUCAUUAUAGUUUAUUAAAAUCUGAAUGUAAGAAAACCUGGCUAUUCAAAUGUGAAUUGAAAAAUAUUCCAUUCUCAGUACUGAACUAUCCAUUGAGCAUUCAGGCUUUGUAACAAAAUAUAAAUCAUCUGGAAGGCAAUAGCUAGAAAAUGAGAGGUGCCUUUUAAAAACAAAACAAAACAAAUGCAGCCUUACAGUGAGAAUGAAAAUUGAAUUUGUGAAGGUGGUGGGAGGGAAAACAGAGACAGAGCAUGUGUGUGUGUCUGUGUGUCCAUGUGUGUGUGUGUGUGUGUGUGUGUUAAUCUGUGAAGGUCCUGUUUAGUGGCCAUCAAUGUCUUUUUAAUUUGUCUGCUCCACCUCUAGGACUUCAGGGGACAUUUCAUGCCGUCUUUGCGCUCUUCUGAGCACCAUUGUCUAGUUUCCAAGAAUUUUGAAUGUGAAUUCCUAGAUAUUUCAGUAGAAAAUAAACAAUUGUCCUUUAUAGUGAAGUUCAGGUAAAAGGAAAAAUUAUUGGUUCACCCAAAUUACAGAAUCCCCUUAACAUAAUUUUUAAAGGCUCACUUUUCUUUAGUACUUUUAAAGGCUCACUGUUUUUUUAGUUUUUGUUUUUUUUAUUUUUUAGUAUUUUGUGUUUCCCUCUAAGAGUAUGUCAUAACAUUGGCAAAAGCAAGGAUUCAGCUAGUAAAAAUUAUUUUCAGAUUAAGCACCUGAACUAGUUAAAACUCCACCUAAGAAUAGUCUUAAUGUAUUUAAAUGGCAUCUCUCAUAUCUACCUCGUCAUUGCUGCCAUUUUAACUUAAGCAAAUCUUUAUGACAUCUGAAAUGAUGGUUGGAUGCAAUUAAAAAAAAAUCUAUGUUGGUGCUUUUCUCAGGUUUUGUCCUUUAAGUUGUAUUGUCACAAAUCAGUCUGAAAGGUUUAGGAUUCAUUUUAAUUUACUUUUGAAAGAGCGGCUUACAGUUAGCCAUCCUAUCAGUGUUGUUAAUGAGUGGAAAUAGUUAAUGUGUGUGUGUGCGUGUGUGUGUGUGUGUGUGCACGUGUGUGUGUGGGCUCACAUACACACGUGUGUGUGUGUGUGUGUGUGUGUGUGUAUGUGAGAUGCUUUCAACCAAGAGAUAAACUUACUGAAUUUAUCUGUAAAAAAUGUUCUGAGUACAACUUUACUCAGUUUACUUUAUUCUUUGAAAGCUAUUUCCAUAUUAUUAGGUAAAUAAUCACUCAUUUUACUUGCUCAGAAGUUGCUUCCCUUGCUUUGUUACUUGUUUAUUUAUAAAAUUGAACUUUUUCAAGUGUUUUGACACUGGGAAUCUGGUUGUACAAAAGUAGUAGUUGACUGAAAGAUAUAUAUUUUUGUGAAAUGUACUAAUUCAUAAGGUCCAUUUUAGGGAAGGUCCAAAAAACUAACUUAUCUGUGUUUAGCUGGUUAUGGUAAAUGAUCUGAAUUUUACUUUUGACACCAAAACGUUUUUAAUUGGCCAUAUCUAUCUUCCAGUUGGAUUUCCAUAUCAGUGAAAGGGAUUCUAGGUGGACAAAUUAUUUAACAAAUCCUGGAUCCUCAUUUUAUUUUUAGAUUUGAAAACAGCAGAUGUUAGACCAAAAGAGAUCCCUUUGUUCCAUGCACUUGUUCUGGCAGUAUUGGUGCUCAGGGGUCAGAAUUUUCUGGAUCUUUGCUAGUGAAGCUUUUGCUUUUAUUUUCCUGGGACCACAAGUUUAUUAUCUCUCCAAUGAAAAUUAGAUAGUUCAUUUUAAUUUAGAUUAACUAAUGUCUGCCUGAGUUUUUAACAGGCUGUGAACCAGUGAGUGCCUUGUUAAUGUAGAAUGAUUUUUUUCCCCCUGUUGUGCAUUAGCUUUCUCUGAAAAAGUCUCAGAGAAUGGUAUUUUAAUUGACUUGUAGAGAGCUGCUGCUAUAUUUGGUAUCAAUCAGCAUCAGAAAGUCUUUGGUCUACCACACAUUAUUUCUCCCUGCUUCCUCUUCAUUGUUUGGCUGAAUUUGGCCCCUUUGGAGAAAACAAAUAUGACCCGUUUAUACUGUUUUCCAGUCCAAAUUAAGAGAUACUCUGUAUCCCUACUCCAACUAUAUGCUCUAUACCUGUUUUGGUGGGGAACUACUUACUUUGUAAUACUAAAAUGUACUGGUUGUUCUGUGUCUUCUCAAGGUCAGUUUACUAGUGUGGAUCUCAGGGUAUCAUCAGUUCAGAUUCCUAAAUAACCCUUUCACCUUCCAAGCCCCUAGCUGGUGAGCCCUGUACCAGAUUGUUUGAUCUUCAGAUAUUUUAAAUUUUUAGUUAUAAUACCAAUUAAUGUAAAUCCAAAUGCUAAUUUUUGUGGUGCAAGAAGUUUCUUUUGUAAAUUCAGGGUAUGGAUAAGCUAAUUAAGAUAUCCAAUUUUGGUGGCUCUUAAGUGUAUUAUUUGUUUUUAAAUAAAGUCUACAAAUAGA